AAAUUGUAGCUGUGUAGAUUUCUAGCGGAUGUUGCUUUUAUAAAGGCGGCGAAAGGUCCGCACAAAAGUGAGUCACGGACUGCCUCGCAGACCGAGCCGAGACUGCGCGAGUGACCAGUGAUAUCAUCAAAUAGGCCGGAGAGAUUUUGGACUACCUAGACAUAUGGAUCCACGAAGACAACAGCCACUACACGUGCAGCACCUCACCAUGAAUCCCUCUUCUGGAUACAUGCCAGUAGGGGGCGUGACACAUGUUAUAGGAGGAGCACCGGGGACUACGACCAUCGUAUUCGGGGACACGCACAUGAACGUAGGACAAUACUCGACCACAUUGACCGACACAACAGACAAGAGAUGGCGGCAGCAGACGACCAUCCCGGCGGAGUCCCGCACAGGCUGUUGCGGCCUUCUAUCCGCAUGUGUCCUCAUCAGUCUGUGUAACGGUGUAGUCGCUUUCAUGAUCAGCGGGGAGAGCCAGCUUUUUGCCUGGGUCUUCGAGCAGAUAGGCAUUGCGGAAGAGGUGAAGAAGGACCUGACAGAUUGGGGCACUCAUGAAGACAAUAUUAAACUGGCUUUCACGUGUACUCGGAUACUAUCUGUGUUACCGGCAUCCGUCGUGUUGGUGAGGUUUGAAUACAGGAUGGUUGCCUUGGUUUCUUCCACUGUACUCGGCAUCAGCGUUCUCAUCACAUCUUUCUUGAAUGCUUCACUCGUCGGUCUCAUUGGCUUCCUUGUUGGAGGCGUCGCAGGCGUGGCGUCUGGCUUUCUGUUCAUGUGCGCCAUUUUACCGGUGUUGGAACAUUUUGAUGACGGCAUCUUCCGAGCUCUACACGCCGUCCAUCAGGGUGAGACGGUCGGGUACGUCGUCUGUGCCUUGAUGCGGAUGGCAACCGAUAAUUCCUGGCGAUCGCUCUUCCGAUGGCAGCUUUUGGUGAUGGCUGUUGCUUUCGGGUCGGCAUUUGCUUUAACUCCUGCCGAGUUUCACGAUAGCUCUGUCAUCGUAAGAGGCGUCAGCGAACCAGCAAAGACAAAGCGAUCUCUCUCCUGGAACAUAUUCAAACACCCUGCCAUAUACUUAUUGAUGAUUUGCUUCUUUCUCCAGCGUAUGGGUUUCGGCUUCCUGGACGAACAGGCAGGACUUCUGCUGAACAGCACUGGGUAUAUCAUACUAUUUUACCUGGCACAUUGGUUAGGUCCAAUCGUCAUGUUCUCCAAGCGCUGCGUGGCCGGAUACUUUCCCCACAUCAUUCUGAUGGCCUUCACCCUGGUAGCCGGUGUGUACACGUUAGCGGUCCCCAAAGUUGACCACUCCGACGGACUGAUCAUUGUAUUCAUCAUAAUUGUGGGCGUGGCUGCAGCCACGACAGAGUCACUACGGGAUGUCCUCCUCACAGCCCAGUUCCUCAAGGAGCAAUACUGUCUGGCUUUCGGCGUGCUCUACACGUGUGCAGGGAUAGGGGAGAUUAUAGUGAAAGGACAGAUAAAAGAGGCAGAUUUUUUCGAUGGAACCGUCAGUCUGGACUUCUUCAUUCUCAACCUUUCUGGUUCUUUUGUCAUCGUGUCAUCUGCCUUUGUUUGCGCAGCCGCAAUCGUCUACAGCAAGAUUGGAUUCCCGCUCGGAGAUUGCUCAAUUCCCUUUUGUAACAUUGGUGGAAGGUUUACCCGUCUUAAGGACGAGGAGGGAUCCGAUGGCGAAGGAAUUGUCCAGGAGGAAGUGCUGCCCUUUAGUGACCCAGAAGAUAUUUCUUAUGGAAGCGCUCCGCAGCCAUCGGUUACCUAGAGAUGCUACGUAGGAACAGGAAAUGACGUAGUCAAUACGAAAAGAACAGAUAGUAUUACUCGAAAUCAGACACUCAUAUAUUUAUGUUAAUGUCGAACUAGAGUUUUGGAAACAUCAGUCAGAUCACAGACUUUCAAGAGUGCCUAAGAUUCUACAGACAGGUUGAUUGACUGAACAGGCAAUGGAUUCGUUAUAGAACAAAGCAAUCAACUUAUUUGAUUUAUUGAAUUUUUUUCUUUUUCUUUUUAUUUCAUGUGAGCAUUUGUUUAAAUACCUAAGUACAUUAGGCCAGUAUGUCUACCGUAUUGUUGUCGUUCUGCCUUAUGUAGUGGGCUUAUUCUCAUGAUAGGUAGAGACAUAGCCGAGCAUUUAAAACAUAUGACAGAAAGGCAUUGUUAUAUAUAUAUAUAUAUAUAAGAAAAAAUGUUUAUCAAAAUGCUAAAACCAAACUUAAAUGCAGAAUAAGUUUAUUGAAUGUACAGUAUUCCAGUAUUCCAUCUGUUCCGACCUUGUUUAUUACGUCACGCUAUUGUUAACGUCAUCACAAUUGAUGACGUCAUACAUAUCUAAGCAACGUACAAAUAAACAAAAGUUCAGUCCGCCUGAAGAAGCCUGAGAGGGCAGAAAGGCCUUGCGGCAAA